AGGCUCCGCCCCGCCUGGACUCGGCAUCCUCGCCCCGGAGGUCGUCGCCCUGAGGUCCGCGCUGGGAGGCGAUAGUUAGCAAAUAUGGUCGCGCCGGGGUUUGUGCUGGGACUAUUGCUGCCCUUAAUCCUGCGGGCUCGCACCAGGGCAGCUGCUGAUUUUCGAUUUGCUUCACACAUCCAUAAUCACAUGGUGCUACAGAAGGAGCCCGCAGGGGCAGUGAUUUGGGGCUAUGGCACACCGGGAGCCACAGUGACAGUGACUCUUCGUCAAGAUCAGGAAGUCAUCAUGAAGAAAGUGACUCCUGUGAAAGCACACUCUAACACCUGGAUGGUGGUGCUGGACCCUUUGAAGCCUGGCGGACCUUAUGAAGUCCUGGCCCAGCAGACUUUCGGGAGAAGGAACCUGACCCUCGGCGUUCACGAUGUCUUAUUUGGAGACGUCUGGCUUUGCAGUGGGCAGAGUAACAUGCAGAUGACGGUCUCCCAGAUAUUUAACGCUACCAGCGAGCUGUCCGACACGGCCGCCUAUCAGUCCGUCCGCAUCCUCUCGGUGUCUCUGACUCAGGCAGAGCAGGAGCUGGAGGAUCUUGCUGCGGUCGACCUGGAAUGGUCGAAGCCCACCGCAGAAAACUUAGGCCAUGGUAGUUUCGAGUACAUGUCAGCUGUGUGCUGGCUCUUCGGGCGUUACCUGCACGACACUCUGCAGUACCCCAUUGGGCUGAUCUCCUCCUCAUGGGGUGGGACCCCCAUUGAAGCCUGGUCAUCUGGAAGGUCCCUGAAAGCCUGCGGGGUUUCUAAGCAAGGGUUCAUCCCACCCGACUCCGUGACUGGCCCCAGCAAGCACUCGGUUCUCUGGAACGCCAUGGUCCAUCCCCUGUGCAGUGUGACUCUGAAAGGCGUGAUAUGGUACCAGGGGGAGGCCAAUGUGAACUUUCACAGAGACCUGUACAACUGCACGUUCCCCGCGCUCAUCGCAGACUGGCGCCAGACCUUCCACCACGGCUCUCAGGGGCAGACGGAGCGUCUCUUCCCGUUUGGAUUCGUUCAGUUGUCAUCCGUUUUGUCUGGUGCAGCCUUGGAUGACGGAUUUUCCCAGAUCCGCUGGCAUCAAACGGCAGACGUUGGCUAUGUCCCCAACCUGAGGAUGCCCAACACUUUCAUGGCUGUAGCAAUGGAUCUUGGUGACAGGACCUCGCCUUUUGGCAGCAUCCACCCUCGAGAUAAACAGACCGUGGCCUACCGGCUGCACCUGGGGGCCCGUGCUGUGGCCUACGGUGAGAAGCAGCUGACCUUUCAGGGGCCGCUGCCUGAGAAGAUGGAGCUCCUGGCGGACGAGGGGCUGCUUAACCUCACGUAUUCCCAGCGAAUCCUGGUGCAGAAGAAGGAUGAUGGGAUAUUUGAGGUCUCAUGUUGUGGUGACCAGCAGUGCACGUGGCUUCCAGCUCCCAUGAACACUUUCUCCACCUGGACGCUGGCCCUGAAUACCAGUUUGUGUUCCGGUGCUGUGGUUGCUGUCCGCUAUGCCUGGACCGCAUGGCCUUGUGAAUAUAAGCUGUGUCCCCUCUACCACCCCAGCAGCACCCUGCCAGCCCCUCCCUUCAUUGCUUUCAUGGCAGACCAGAUGCCUAGAUCUCACAGCAGAGUUGCUAAGUGAUGCAGUAUGAUCACAGAAGCAUGGGUCCCUUAGAAAUGGGCAUUUAGUUUAAAUGAGGACAACACUUGCUUUUAAAGGAAAUUAACAGAAACUUGUUGGACAGUUCCCAGCGAGCACGUGGCUGUUUCUAUAUUUUGAGAUGAGCCAGGGCUGGUAAUGAAAUGCCUGCCUUUUGUCCUCUAGUUCAGGGGUUCCCAACCUCCAGGCCACGGACCAGUACCACCAGUCCUGGCCUGUUAGGAACUGGGCCACACAGCAGGAAGGGAGCUUAAAUGUCAUGCGCUUGAACCAUCUCAAAACCAUCCCCCACCCAUGGAAAAAUUGUCUUCCGUGAAACUGGUUCCUGGUGCCAAAAAAGGUUGGGAACCGCAGCUCUGGUUAGGCUGGUGUCCAUACUGGACUCAUGCCAGACCACAGAUAGAACCUCAGUGUCAUUCACUUCCUCCUCAUCAGGGUGAAACAGCUGGCUGGCCCACAAGGCCUUGCAGGUCCUUCCAGCCUCGUUUACACAAUUCCGGGUGUGGGGGGACGAAGUAUUCCAUGUUGCACUCCACAUCAAAAGCAGUUCUCCUCUUUCAGUCUGAGUAGCAGCAGUGUGAACGCCGAGAGCUAGCAAGGCAGAACCACGUGUAUGCACCAGGGGAGGCGCGGAGGGCCAGCCUCAGGAACACAGAAAAGGUGAGGCCGUGGUAAUGAAGACACCCCAGCUGCCAGCAGCAGGUCCGGGGGGAUCACAAGCUUAGAAAGAGUGUGACUCUGGAGGUCACUGACAGGCAAACAGGCCACUGCAGUUAAAUAGAAACUUCAGGCUCUUUAAAGGUAAGAGUUUUAACUAUAAAAAGGAUAGUCCAGAUGGAAGAAAAAAGGGAGGCUGAGAGUAAAGCUACGUGAUGAGCAUUUAGAAAAAUAACCCUCAUGGGACAAAUGUGAAAGAGGGCUUUUGUGUGUGCUAUUAAGAAUCAUAAUAUUUAUUGGUUGAUUAAAAACGGUUAACAGCACUUUUUAAUUGUGUGUUGUCUAUUAGAAGUUAGAAAUAAAAGCAUAGUCAUGCACUGCUUGAUGGGGACACAGUGUGAGAAGCACAUCAUUCAGUGAUUUUGCGAACAUCACAGGUACACUCACACGAACCUGGGUGGCACUGCCUACCUGCUGCACCUGGGCUGCAUACAGCAUGUUACUGUACUGAAGACUGUUGGCAGUCUACAGUGGUGUUUGUGUGCCUGAACGUAUCUAAGCAUACGAGAGGUACAGUAAAAUCACGGAAUGAAAGAUAAAACGGUGCACCUGUGCAGGGCACUCACCGAGAACGGGGCUGGCAGGACCGGAAGUCGCUCUGGGUGAGGCAGUGCAGGAAGUGGUGCGUGUGAAGGCCAAGGACAUUCCUGCUCACCGCUGUCAACUUCACAAACGCGGCUCUUAGGCCGCUCUGAGUUUAUGUACAAAUGUUUUCUUCCAUAGUAAAUUAACCUUGGCUUACUGAAACUACUUUUUAAACUAGACCAACCAAGCAAUUGGGGUUCCUUUCAUCCCUGAUAACCUAGUGCACAGUGUGAAAAAUGAGGUGUAGGGAGUGGACAUACUAAUGAAAACUUAUGUAAAAGUUGAUUUAUUUUUAAUGGUUGAAUAAUUUAAAACAUUCUGUGGGAACUCAGCUUAUUUCCCAGAUAACAUUUUACUGUUUGAAAAAUGAUAUUUAUAAUCACUGUAGAUGAUUUGGAUGCUAACAAAAAUAUAAGGAAAAAAUCACCCCAAAUCCAUCAUUUGGAGAGAAGCAGUAUUUUGGUGAAUAGUCACUUCAUUUGUCUGGGUUGCACUGUAUACACUACAUUGGGUAUUACUUUAUAAUCUGUGCUUUUCCUUUAUUCCAGCAAAAUAAUUUCCCUGUUAAACUGUAUACAGAUUUGAGUGUUUCAUUUUGUGGGAGCCCCAUGCUUUAACCAAUUGCCCACUAGUGGACUUAAGAGGUUUUCUCCCACUUUUUCACUGUUAAACUAAUACUGUGAUAAUGGUUACUUGCAAACAUCAUACCACACUUAAUUUCUCUAGGACCCUUAACAUGCAGGAACGGGUUUAGGGAUAAAUGUUUACAGUUGUGAGACCUGCAGCUUCACCCUCUCAGGAGUCCAACAGUUUCUACUCCUGCCCAGGCGCAGUCCCGUUUUUCAUCUCCUUCUCACCGAUACUGCAUGUGGUCCAAUUUAGGAAAUCCCUAACAACCCAGCAGAUGACAGAUCUAUGGCACUGUUUUUCAAGUCUUUAAACAUGAUGGUCCAUAAGAAAAACAUUUGACAUUCCAUGUAUCCCCAUACAUGUGACUGCAUGUGUGAUAUAUAUAUACAUACUAUAUCUGACACCAGUUUUAACCUUUUUGGCACAUGAUGCAUUCCAAUAUAGCCUGAUUACUUUAAUUUUAAAAGAGUACUUGACUCCCUAAGUUUAAGAACGACAAAUGGGUUCUCUCUGUUCUAGGAAAGCUACAAAAUGAAUAUUCUUUAAUAAGAGUAAAUAGCACACUAACCUAUUAAAAUAUUUUUAAAUGUCUUUCUUAAAAUGAAGCUUUCUUUUAAUAUGUGAUUUACUCAAGCUGUAAUAGAAUGGAAAAGUAUUUUCUAUAGGAUAAAAGCAGCAUAUAUCAUUUCUGUAUAAGUACAGAUAUGAUGUUCAGGCAACUUACACAGAGAAAA